AUGGGGAAUGCUUCGUGCUGCAAGUCGGACGUAUCGCCAGACGUGCAGGCGACGGUUGACGCCAAGCCUGCCCUGGACAGUUCGCUGAAAUCUUUGCCUGCUGUGGCUGGUGGGAAGACAGACAAGGAGCGGCUCUACAGUAUCAAGCUGGUGAAGUCAGACGGCCUAAAACUUGGCUUGGACGUAGACUACAUGGCAGAGCGCUCCGUGCUGCCGAUCAUGUCAGUGACCGGAGGCGUUGCAGAGAAAUGGAACCAGGAGAACCCAGAUAUUCAAAUUCACAAGGGAGAUAGCAUCGUGGAGGUGAAUGGCACCACCGGUGAUGUCGCACAGAUGCUUGACAAGUGCAAAACUGAUGUAGAGUUGGAGCUGACGUUGUGUCGCUGCUUAAACUACGACCACUUGGUCGCUGACCUCGAAAAGCUGUUCGCGGUCAAGAACUGCGGGCCCAUCAUGAUCCGCCUAUCCUGGCAUGAUGCCGGUGUCUACAAUGGCAUGGACGGAUGCCCAAAUGCAGCAAUGCGCCUGGCUGGCAGUGGAGAACACUCGAUGGCCGCCAAUGCUGGACUGCCACAAGUAGCACUUUCACUUCUCGAGCCAAUCACAGAGAAGUACGUUCCGCGGCUAAUUUCUCAUGCUGACCUCUGGGCAUUGGCUGCCAAUGUAGCCAUCAAGGCUAUGGGAGGGCCAGAAAUUCCGACCCGGUUCGGCCGGAUCGAUGCUAGCCAUGCUUCGGAUGGGGUCCCGUCAGCUGAAGGGCGUCUGCCGGACGGAGACAAGAGCGCGCAGCAUAUCAGGGACAUCUUUGGCCCAAAGGGCUUUGAUGACCGUGACAUGGUGGCACUAUCGGGAGCUCAUACAGUCGGGAUGUGCCAUGGUGACCGCUCUGGAUUUGAGGGUCCAUGGACUGACGACAAGCUUCUUUUUGACAAUUCCUACUUCAAGGACUUGCUCAGGAAGACAUGGGCAAAAGAGACAAACAAGCAUGGAAAAGCCCAGUACAGGUCUGGCGAAGCUAUGAUGCUGACCACAGACAUGGCACUGCUGGAAGAUCCAGCCUUCAAGCCUCAUGUGGAGAGAUAUGCUGCAGACCAGAAGGCUUGGUUUGACGACUUCUCCAAGGCCUGGGUCCGUCUUCAAGAGUUCAAUAGUGGUGAGUUGCGCGACAUUUUGUAA